CAUGACUUUUGUCAUUUCUUCCUGGUGCAGAGAGAUGUGGUACCUGGAAUGCUAUUGGGUAUUUAACGAAUCAAACACUCAGUAAACAUCAGUUAUUUGGCACAUAAUAAAGUGAAAAGAGCAACGGAUACCGGCGAAAGGAAACGUCCGACGAAUAGUUUCGACAGAGUUCUGGCUGGCAUAAGCAAAGAGUUCACACGAGAAGUGGGUUUGCGGGUAUCAUCAAGUUAGCUUCUUGACCGUCCUGCGUUUCUAUCGCUGGGUCGUGUGCAUGUUGUUGUGAUUCGCUUUGGCAAAGAACCCAACAGAAAUAUGACUCACCGUAGUCGCAAACAACAAUUGUUCCUGUGUUUCAUCGCGCUUUUAGCCGUCACGCUGCGCCAGAGCUAUGCCGCCACUGAUGCCCCGCCCACGGCCGCCCCGCCCACGCCACCGACCCGGCCCGAGAGGGGCAACUACAGCGUAACCAACGGCAACGGGACAACCUGUCUGAUGGCCCGCAUGGGACUGCAGAUCAACAUCAGUGUCAGCUCUGCUGCUCUAAAUAAGACUGUCUGGAAAGUGCAGAACCUCCAGCCCAACCUGACCAGGAGCUCAGGGUCAUGUGACUUGGAGAGCGCCACCCUGCAGCUGACUGACGUGCCGAACAAAACCAACCUCACCUUGGUCUUCUCUAUGAAUGCUACAACGAACAAGUUCCAUCUGAGUGCGGUGUCCCUGUCCGCCAUCUGGCCCGAUGUGAAGCGUCCCAUUGCGGAGAGCAACGGUAGCCUGGACUACCUGCGCGGCACAGCCGGCCGUAGCUACAUGUGUCGCGAGGAGCAGACCCUGGCGGUGACGGUCAACUUCUCCCUCAACACCUUUCAACUGCAGGUGCAGCCGUUUAACCUCACCGGGGCCGAGUUUGGAACAGCGGAGGAGUGCCAGCUGGAUGAGGAUGAUAUGUUGAUCCCCAUCAUCGUGGGGGCGGCCCUGGCCGGCCUGGUUCUGGUCGUCCUGGUGGCCUACCUCAUUGGCCGGAAGAGGAGCCACGCUGGCUAUCAGACCAUCUGAGCUCACCACGCCCCACCACCACCGCCCACCCCCAAGUGACAAGAGAGCGCGACCCUUGCCCCCCCACACACUAACAGUCAUUAGGAUUGGCUAAACCUCACUACGACCCCGAACUCACUUUACUGACCCCACUCAGUUGGUUUUGUCCUUGAGUCCUCAUUCGUUCCAUGUCUCCCCCCUCAUCCCCGUGCCCCCCCUCCCCCCCCACGCUGAGUCUCUGUAGGGUGGGGAGUGUACAUGCCCUCUUUUGGACUGAAUUGCUCCUUUGUAUGAAAGAGGGGGAAAAAAGAGAAAUGUGAUUCUGCUGUGAGAUUAUAACGACGUAGGCAUCACAGCCCUGACAGACACGGCUGCCGUCGCAGAAAGGGGUUGGUGUGGUGGAGAGCUCCCGUAACUGUAUGUUGAAUCAUGGUCUCACUGUCUCUGCCUCAUGUCCCAUCUGUGUUUCCUCAUGUCCCUUCUCGUGGUUUAAUGGUGUCUGACGGAAUUCUGAGGGAUUGUUUGUGUACAAGUAUUGCUGCUGCCUCUUCUCUAAUUAUGAUUUUUUUUUUCUUUAUCAUAAUUUUCUCCUUAAGACUUCAGUUUCUGUUGGUGGCCAUUUUGUCGGUCACAUGGAAGUGGCUGUUACUCUGGUGUAAAGGGAAUGUUACGCUUGUCAUUCGCUGCCCUGACUGAUCACCUCCCCUCUCAACCAACGGAAGUUGGGACUUGUUGCAUAAUGUUUUGCGACAUCGUUGACCAUAACAAUGAAUGUAGCACCUUGGUAGAAUUUGCCCCUUAGGUUAACCCAAGUUUUUUUAAAUCCUUUGACACUAGAAUAAUCCGACCCUAGAUCUGAGGCGCUUAGCCAGGUAACCUCUAGUCAUUGCAAAUGGUGUUAAAUUCUUGGUUAAUCUAGGGAAACCAUCUGGGGGUCCUCUGAGGCCACUGGAUAGUGAGCCUCUGUAGACAACUAACUGAUGGUGAAUAGAGUGAGGGAUUGUAACACCCCCUGUCCAGAAACGUCCCAGAGACCCUGCCUGUAAAUGGGCUUGAUUUUGUUUUUGGACGGGGACUCACAUUGUUGUUGUUGAUGUUUAUUUAGGAGAACCAGUGAUACACUACAGUAGAAUGAAUAAUCAUGAAACUUGACUACCACUUGACUGCCUAACUGCUGUUACUGAGUUGUGCCCGGGGCUACUGACCGUAGGACCUUUGGAAAGCUGCACGCUGCAUUUUGUUGCACUGAUGGUACUAAACCUUACUCCACUAAAGAGCGUGACUUGCAUGAUGCUCAGGCAGGGAUGAAGACCGUUCUGACACAAUGCACCUACGCAACUUCUAGUGAAAUGCGUCGCACCGUUUUGGGAAGUGGGAGGUGUUAUUCCCCCCCCCCCAGAAUAAUAUUAAAUGUCCAUGCCAAAUGGAGUCCGUGCCUCCCCUCGUGCCAGGUGGGUGGGAUCCGUGACCACGCCAAUGUUAAACCCACUCUUGUCCGUAUCAAGUUACACUGUGGUAUUGGUGUACUCAUUUUGGCCACUCCCAAUGUGUGGGGUAAUUUGGGGUGUAGUCUUUCUACACAUUGUGUUACUUUAUUAGGUUCUCUUUUUUUUGUUUUACUUGCCUGACAUUAAAUUAUCAUAGAGAUGCAUUGUUUGGAGUGACAAGGGGAAGUAAACAAAGGAUGUGCUUUUUUCUUUUUUUUUCACCCCAUAUCUAGCAAUGUGAAACAUCCAUAGUUUUUAUUAGGGUUUUAAAAGGUGUUUGAAAGGUUUUCUAAGGGCCCAAUUCAGACUUAAGACAAGUAGGCUUAACAUGGACUUCAGUCUAAAUGUGGACUUAUUGGAAAAAAGUCUUAAGUCAACUUACUAUGUUUGAGUAGAGCUUUUAAAUGCAGAGAUGCCAAUAAAUUGAGCUGGAGGAAUUA